AUGCUCGCCGCGUGGCAGCGAAUCGCCGAGGGCUUCGUGUCCACCACGAAGCGAUCGCUUCUGCAGGCGGCCUCGCGCUUGGACAGCGGCUGGGCCGCCAUCGCCGCCAGCCUCGUCGCCUACGCCUAUGCCACGUACCUGGUGUGGCCGGCCCACCGUCCGGGGAUCCCCGCGCGCCCGAGGCGCGCCCUGCAGGUUGCGAAACGGGAGUCGAGCUCCAGGGUGCACAUCGCCGAGCGGGUGCCCCGUGUGACCAACCCGUUUGGCAAGCGGCCGCUCAGCUUCUCGAAGGGCGACUACCUGCGCAUGGCUCUGUGCAGCGUCACGCUCUUUCCCUUGCGAGUGGCGGUGCUCCUCGUCUCUCUGCCGGUGGUGGGGACGCUCGCGGUGGUCGCCACCAUCGGAGCGGAUGAGACGCGUCCGCUCGGCCCAGCGCGGCGCGCGGUGAUCUAUCCGGUACGGCUGCUCUCUCGCGUCGCCCUCUGGUGCCUAGGCUAUUGGUGGGUGCCGGUCCUCAAGCACCCGGCAGCGUUGAGAGAGCGGCCGCGCGUGCUGGUGGCGGCGCCGCACUACUCGCUCAUCGACAUGUUCUUCUUGACGUACCAGGAGAUGCCGAUGGCCCUCUCCAAGUCUGCAAUCGCAAAGAUCCCAAUCUUUGGCCGGGUGGCAAAGGCGAUGCAAUCCAUCUUUGUGGACCGCCAGACCGCCGAGUCGCGCGCAAAGGCGGCGGAGACGAUUCGCGCUCGGUGCCGGGAGCCCGGCUGGCCGCCCCUGCUCGUCUUCCCCGAGGGGACCACCACCAACGGCGCGGCGCUCAUCCAGUUCAAGGCAGGCGCCUUUGGAGUGGGCCAGCCGGUCCAGCCGGUGCUGCUCCGAUACGGCCACACACCCGUCGACGUGUCGAGCGCGGUGCGGGGGUACGAGAUCUUCCUGUACGCAAUGCUGCAGCCUGCAAACUCGCUCACUGUCGAGUACCUGCCCCCGCACGCUCCGACCGACGAGGAGCUCGCCGACCCGCGCCUGUUUGCGUCGAACGUGCGCGCGGCGAUGGCAGAGGCGCUCGGGGUGCCAUGCACUGGCCACUCGUACGAGGAUGCGUGGCUCUCCCUGGUGGCGCACGAGGGCGGGCGAGAGGUGGCGCAGACCUUCGAGGUCAAGCAGCUGGCGCCGAUCCUCGACCUGGACACCAAGGGCCUCUGCAACCUGCUCCGCCGAUUUCACGCCUUCGACCUCAACGGCUCGGGCACCCUCAACUUCGAGGAGUUCAUGUCGAGCUCCGCUCUUGAGCUGCUCGAUGCGGGCGUGGCGAAGGCGGCGGGUGCCGCGAGAGGCGCGGCAGGCCUCAUGAAGGGGCUCUUUGGGCAUCUGAAGCAUGGCAUCGCGCGCCUCCGACGUCAGAAGCACUACCAGUCACGCCGCAGGGACUCUCCCUAUCUGCAUGGGUGGCGCGGAGACAACGUGAGCCUGGUACGACGGCUCUUUCGACUCUUCGAUAACGACGACUCUGGAGAGAUCUCGUUUGCCGAGCUGGUCCAGGGCCUCGCCGUCCUAUCGCGCAAAUGCGACCCGCUCGACCAGCUUAAGCUCGCGUUCAUCACCUGCGACUUGGAUGCCGAUGGCGGUGUCACGCUUGCCGCGCUCAAGCGCAUCGUCGCGUACCACUCUGCGAGCAGGCGCCGCGGUGCGGCGCCCAUCAGCGAGCUGGAGCUCGAGGCCGCCUUCGCAGCAAACGACCUCGACGAAAACCACAUUCUGGACUUUGACGAAUUCUGCACCUUCCUGGGGCGCCACUCGGGCUUGAUGAAUCUCGUGGGCGAGGUGGCACAAAAAAGCCUCGACCACUCACCGCUAGCGCAGUUCAUGACCGAGACGAAGCGAAUGAAGGGCCGCGUCCGGAAGACGUCUGCUCGUAACUUCUCGGUGGCCGUGUCCAGUAAGCCAUGA